AUGGUGAAAAGAUUACUACCUUUGGGAUAUAGAUUCCAUCCAUAUGAUCACGAGCUUGUUGGUCACUACCUGAAGCACAAGUUGCUUGGUGAUGAUUCAAGUGUGCACAAUGAAAUAGCUGAGGUUGAUGUUUGCAAGUUUGAGCCUUGGGACUUACCAGCAUAUUCCAAGAUAAAAUCGGAUGACCCAGUAUGGUAUUUCUUUAGUCCUCUUAGUUUGAAGUUCAGAAAAAGCACAAGGCGUAACAGGAAAACCAAGACUGGCUACUGGAAGGUCACUGGUAAAGACCGUAACAUCAAGACACCUCACAGCAACAAUGUUAUUGGAACCAAGAAGACUCUGGUUUUCUAUAAGAGUUGUGGUGGUCAUCGUGUCAAGACCAAUUGGGUUAUACAUGAAUAUCAUGCAGUUACCUUUCCUGAUGACAAGAGAGGUUAUGUCUUGUGUCGCUUAAAGGAGAAAGCUGAGAAAAAUGCAGAAGUUGGAACUGAUUCAUUGAUACAUGAUGAAGGGGAGCCAAGUAGCCAUAUUAUUGCUGACUAUGAAAACCAACCAACCACAGAUAGAAUUCCAGAUGUAUAUACUCCCCCAGAAGUGAAUUUGGAAUCAGUCUUUCUAACACUACCUCAAUCAGGAGAAUUUGACUUCUCCUCACUACAACAGUCUCCAAUUGUCAUUGAACAGGAUCCAUAUUUCCAAGCUUCCACAUUUCCCAAUGCCUGUUUUGGGAACGAAAACAGCAUUAAGCAGGCUCCAUUUAAAACUACUGUAGAUGAAGGCAAUCUUGGGGAAAUCAAUGAGUUCUGGCAUUCAUUUAUAAUACCUUCUUUUGCUAAUGAUUCCACCCCCUCACAGUCUUUGAGAAAGGAUUAUCAUGAAAGCUUUGAAACAGAAGCUGAACCACUAUCUGCACGGCAUGGAAAUGUUCUGAACUCUACUUCAACAGUGUGUAAUGAAGAUACUGGUUCAAGGGAAAACCCAGUAAUAUCAAUGGUGAAAUCAUCACAUGAUGCUGGCCCUUCUUCAGUAUCAUCUAAAAAUGAAGUAAAUCUAGAGAAAAAGGACAGUACCUUUGAUGAUAAUUUCUGGGGAGAGGAUGCUGAUUUCUGGGAAGUAAAUGCAUUUGAUGACUCAACUGCUAAUGAAUCUUUUCCUAUGUUUCUUAUUGAAAGUGUUAGCCCUCCUUCACCUCCUAGGGCUAGAUCUCCACCUUCAAGAAGAUGUAAAAGUAAAUAUCAUCAAGGACCGAGGUCAUCCAAAUUUACAUCACAGAGAGCUACUUCAAGAUCUCAAGCAAAAAGCCAAGCUGAGAAAGCUGUAUCCCAACAAGAGGCACAGAAGGAAACACACAUACUGGAGUCAAACAAAGAGCAGAGAAAAGCUCAAGGGUUCUUUCAACAAUUUGGACAAUACUAUGUUAUUUAA